GAUUUAUUGCUAUCGAGACUGGACAACCAACCUAAAAAAGUCUUGCCCUAUUCAUUUUCUAAGGAAUCUACAUCCUCAUCGAUAUCAUGCAUCUCCCAAAUUGCAACGCCGAGACACGACCAGAGGUUUUACGUGACUUCAUCCGUCAGAAUCCUCUUGGUAUCUUAACAACUGCGAUCAAAUCGGAAUCUUAUCAAUUUCUUCAAAACAGUCACAUUCCCUGGAUAAUCGACGCCGACUAUGAUGGCAAUACAGAUGGCCUCGGAAGACUUCGCGGUCACAUUGCACGACAAAAUCCUCAGGCAAAAGCCAUCAUAGAAAGUUGCACAGCAGACGACAAGUCACCAGCAUCAAAUGUUCUCGAGAAUGACGUUCUCGUAUUGUUCAACGGACCAGUCCAUCACUAUGUGACACCCAAGUUCUACACACAAACUAAACCUGAUACUGGAAAAGUAGUUCCCACCUGGGAUUACGAAGCCGUGGAGCUUUACGGUAAAGCAAAAGUCUACUAUGAUACAAAGGCUGCUGAGUCCGGAGCUUUUCUCGCAAAACAGUUACAUGAUUUAUCUGAUCAUAUGGAAACUUCAGUAAUGGGUUAUGGCAAGACUGCAGGAACACAUCCGUGGAAAGUGGAGGAUGCGCCCGAGCGGUAUAUUGAAUUGCUCACCAAGAACAUCAUUGGGAUAGAAAUUGAGAUUACUUCUAUGUCGGGGAGGUUCAAGUGGAGUCAAGAGAAGAAUGUUAAGGAUAGAGCUGGUGUGAUUGAAGGAUUCAGAAAUUUGGAGACGCCUAGUAGUGCACUGCUCUCUGACAAGGUCGAAACGUACGCUGCUCUUUUUGAUGCCAAUAAAGCAGCAAAAAAGGUGGAAGUAUAGUUAUUUGAUGGGGGAAGGAAGUUUUGUAUUCGAUAAUUCAGUGUUGUUGUUUUGUAUUGAUACCAGUACAUUGUUUGGCUUCAUUCGAUCUCGAAAGUAAUUUCGAUAGUCGAUUGAGAUUGACUCUUUAUGUGCUUUGGAUUGCAUGCUUCGAGUUGAAGUUAUCAUGUGUUCAGGGAAACCGCAAUCUUUUAUCAAAAUUAUCUUUCCUUUCAUGAUUCAAUCAGAAAGCAACUAUGUUUAUACAAUACGAAGUACAACAAAUGAUGAAACCCGGUAUUAGAUGCGGGAUCUAAAACCAGAUUCUGCUCUCCAUUAAGACUCGGUAUACUUGGUAUUCUGACUUUCCACAUUAGCUCCUUCAUCCCAAACCCCGUAAGAGCCAUUUCCUAAACUAAGAGUCAUUGAUUCGUUCUGCAUAAUACCUCUCUCAGUAUUCGCUACA